AUGGUUAUGUGCGUGCGUAAAAUGUCAAAAAUAGCCCAAAUGGCACCUAAUGAGACUAUUGAGCCUUCGUUCCAUGAAAUGGUUCAAAUGUUCGCCAAAGAGGGCGUUCCUCACGUCCAAAAAAAACUACUGGCUGAGUUGCCUUUCAAAGGCUCACUAACCGAGAAAGAACACCACAUCAGGGGCAUUAUGAUGUCUAUGGAACAAUGUGAUGAUGUUUUGGAGUUCAAUUUCCCCAUUAAACUGGACAACGGUGAAUUUGAGAUGAUUCAAGGAUGGCGUGCACAACACUCUCAUCACGUUAAACCAUGCAAGGGGGGCAUUCGCUUUGCUUCGGACGUCAAUAUGAACGAAGUCAAGGCUCUGGCUAGUCUGAUGACCUAUAAGUGCAGUGUCGUUGAUGUGCCAUAUGGUGGCGCUAAGGCUGGUGUCAAGGUCGACCCCACGAGGUAUUCGUUGGGCGAAUUAGAAAGAAUCUGCCGUCGAUUUGCACUUGAGUUGGCAAAGAAGAACUUCAUUGGUCCCACCACUGAUGUUCCCGCUCCUGAUGUCGGCACAGGCGAGAAGGAGAUGGCGUGGAUCGCCGACACCUAUGCUAAUACCGUUGGACUUGGGGACAUCAAUGCCCUGAGUUGUGUCACUGGAAAGCCUGUUCAGUAUGGAGGUGUAGAAGGUCGUAGUGCCGCGACUGGUCUUGGCCUUUUCUUUGGCGUGAGUAACUUCCUGAACUCGGAGAAGAACUGCAAGGCUUGUGGUCUUGACAAGCCAGGUAUUGCUGGCAAAACGAUAAUAAUUCAGGGCUUUGGUAAUGUUGGGUCCUACGCCUUCCGAUUCCUUCAGGAAGGUGGUGCUAAAAUUAUUGGCCUGAUUGAAAUUGAUACUGCUCUCUACGAUGCUACCGGAUUGGACUUCAAGGAGCUCAUUGAAUACAGAAAUGCUCAUGGUGGCGUAAAAGGAUUUCCUGGUGCCAAGGAGGUUGAUCGGAAGGAGCUAAUGUACCACGAGUGCGACGUCCUCAUUUGCGCUGCUCUGCAGAAGCAAAUCACCGCUGAGAAUGUGGACAAAAUCAAAGCAAAGGUCAUUGCUGAGGGGGCUAAUGGUCCCACUACCUUCUACGCCCACAAGCAACUCCUUAAACGCAAUAUUAUGGUCAUUCCUGAUCUUUACUUGAACAGUGGUGGUGUUACUGUGUCGUACUUUGAGUGGCUGAAGAAUUUAAAUCACGUCAGCUUUGGACGUCUUAAUUUUAAGUACGAGAAAGAGAACGCUAUGUGUCUUCUACGUAACAUUGAAUUGGACCUUGGAAAGCCGGUGAAGCUGUCUAAGGAACUGUCUGAUCGCAUGAAAAAUGCCUCGGAAUUGGAUAUUGUCAACUCGGGUCUUGAGUAUACCAUGGAACGUGCGGCCAAUCAGAUCAUGGAAGUUGCUGAGCGCUAUAACCUGGGUCUGGACUUCCGUACUGCUGCCUAUAUUUUGGCUGUGGAGAAGAUAUUUUACGCGCUCCACCUUUCCGGCAACAUCUUCUAG